GAGAUCACUAGCGUGAAAGCCUUCUUCACGGCUCGCGGUGGUCUCAACAACAGUUCAGACGCCGUGCCCCAGAAGAGUUGUGCCGACACUCUGAUCAGCAUGCUGAAUAACACCAAAUGCUUCGGGCCAGCCGAUGCCACCCAGCUCGUCGACGCUUUGAUGGGUGAGCCGUACGGCGCAUAUCGCACCAAACGAAUCAUGUCUACGAUCGACGCCAAGGUCGCCGAGAGCAGCGGCUCCAUCAAGCCCGAGGGCUCUAACAACAAGCAGUUGCUUAAGGAGUGGUGGUCGUACUUAACUAAAUCGGAUUGGGAAGUGAUCAAUGACCCCAAGAUUUCGCUGAACCGCAAGAUGACGACAAUGGUCGAACGCGGCGUAGCGGUGGGUUGUAUUGAGCCUUCUGAGCAGACGUACAAGUGGGCUUUAGCAACGCUGCUUGUCACGCAUUACGACACCCCACCCGAGCCGAAGAAUGUGCACAGCACGUUGAUGGACUUGAAAACAUCGUUCAAACCAGAGAAACAGGAUUUCGGCUUUACUCGCAUCAUGGAUUACCCAGAUUCGCCAUUCGAGCUCCCGCCCGACACCUUCCAGGCCGCCUACCCUGGCGAUGAGCAGCCAAGCAAGAUUGAGUUCGAGGGCAUACAUGCAGUCGCUGACAAGAUCUCGCUGCGCUCCACCAGAG